CCUCAGUUUCUCUCCUCUUUCAAAAAGGAUAGAACCUUACAAUAACUCUUUGCUUUCACAGCUAAAAAUCCCACUCUAAAGCUGCAUUACACCCCCAAAAUUUCACUUUAUUUCUUCACAUUUUGGCCUCAUCAUAAAAUAAAAAACCCAUGGAAGCAUUUAACCUACUCAAAUUCUGGCGAAAUUCCGGCCGUGAUACUCCUUGCCGGUACAUUGUCUCUGAAAUUGAUGAUUUAGACUACGUACGUAACCCGGUGAUCGAAACUGAUGAAGAAUCCGACGAUGAUGCUGAUUCAUACUUUGAUUUGGUUUUCACUGGCCCGAAUGAACGCCCCAAAUUGGACGACAACAACAACUCCAAAUCAUCACUUCCUGUCAACAGUCCCCGUGACCCAGAGUCACCUAGAGAUGUGUUUUUCAAACCAAAACCAUUUCCAAUCGACUCAAACACAAAGCCUCAAUCUCCUAUAUCGAUUCUCAAGUCAGCUCCUAAGUUCCGGGUCUUCUUUUCGGGAUUAAAGAAAACAAGGCCGGAGAAGGUUGGCAUCGACAACUCUUCUCCGGCUAGUCCGAAGAUUCAAACAGAGAAAACGAUGCUUAAAGCAGAGAGCAAGCGCUUUGCAGUGAGCCCUGUGUUUACCAGAGACAACAGUUUAAGAAGCAAACUGCAGAACGAGAAGGAUGAGGAGGUUUCUGUUGAUGAAUCGUUGAAGAAAUUUGUAAGAGCUGACGUUCCUAAGUACUUAAAAUUGAUGAAGCCAUUGUAUGCCAGAGCUUCGAAGAGGUACACUGACAAAGUUAGCUUAUCACCAUUGUCUUCUCCGUCGACGCAAUCAAUGUGCUCACCAAGAAAAGAGGAUAAACGAGCUACUGCGUUCGGAGGUGUGCGUAAGCACUUAGGGAAAAGCCGGUCAGCGGCGUCUACCUUUGCCGGAGCUUCGUCGUCGCCGUUAUAUCGACGUGAUGAUUCACUGCUGGAAGAACAAAAUGACGGAAUUCAAGGCGCUAUUCUUCAUUGCAAGAGAUCUUAUAGCUCUGUGGCAAAAGGUACAUGUUGUGAAGAUCUGCCAAGAGCCUCUUCUGAGGAGCUUAUCAGAUGGAGUAUUUGAAUUACAAACAAGGAUAACUCGGUGCAGUAAGAUUCUACUGUACACAAUCUUACCUAAAUUCAAAAUAGAUGGCGGGAACAGAACAAAGGCAUUUGUCCUAUUUCCGUAUGGUGCCAUUAUUAUCAUUUUUGUGUAUGUGUUGAGUACAGUAGAGAGUACUAGUAAUAGUAGUCGUAGAGUAGGAUAUAAUUUAGAGCAGUGGCUCAGAGACGUCACUUGAGAAAACGUCCGUCCAGUAAUGAAUGAAAAGUGGUUUUGGUACUGUUUGUAAGUAAAGUAACUAGUAAAAGUAACUCUAUUCGUUUCGAGUUGUUGGAGUAUUUAUUAGUGUUUUAAAAUAAGUGAAUCAUUGAAUUUUUUUU